AUGAAGAGCUUUAUGAUGAAUUCAGAUUUUCAUGAUAUUGGAAGUGUUGUACCAAGGUUUACUUGGUGUAACAACAAAGAGGGAACCUAUCGGAUUUGGGAAAGGCUGGACAUAUGUAUGUUAAAUUCAGCUGCUAGUCAGAAGCUUCCAGUUGCUACUAUCAAGCAUCUUGCUAAAGUGGCGUCUGACCAUAGUCCUAUUGUUCUGAAUAUGGGAGAUAAGGUGCAGUUCAAGGAAAAAAACUUUAUGUUUGAGGACACUUGGAGAUCUUACCCAGCAGCUAAGAGUGAAAAGUUGAAGAAAGAAAUCCUUGAACUUCAAAACAAGGAAGCUUUGGGUGAUAAUUGGUCGGUUGAUGACCUUUUUGUGCUUAGAAACAAAGUUCAUGAACUUAAUGUCACAUUGAGAAGAUUGUCUACUUGGUGGAAUCAAAGGGCAAAGGCAAGGUGGCCUGAGGAAGGAGAUACAAACUCAAAGCUUUUUCAGAAUUUUGCAUCGGCAAGAAGAAAUGGAAACCAAAUUAAUCAGAUUAGAGAUGAGCAUAAUGUACUGCAUGAUGAUGAGGAUCAAAUUGAGAAGAAGGUUACAGAUGAGGAUAUGGUGAUGCUUAACGAGGAUUUCUCUGUGAAUGAGCUGCAGUUCUUGGUUUUCCAGCAAGGAAACAACAAGGCACCAGAUGUGAGGUUUUCUAUCACCAUCACUGGAAGGAAAUCCAAGUGGAUUAGGGAUCAAGGUGGAUUCCGUCAAGGGUGUCCACUUUCUCCUUAUCUCUUCAUUUUGUGUUCUCAACUCAUGUCCAACUCUUUAGAGAAAAGGGGACAAACUCUUGGCAUUCAGAUUUUCCCUAGAGGCCCAAAAAUCACACAUCUCCUUUAUGCAGAUGAUGUGUUGAUUUUUUCUCAUGCUUCCAUUACUUUAGCCAAGGCAUUGAAGAUUAUAGUGGAGGAUUUUUGUAAGUGGACAGGGCAAAGAGUUAAUGUCAGCAAAUCACAAAUGUUGUUCGACAAGGUGGUUAGUUACUCUAUGAAGAAGAAGAUUGCUAGAGUACUCGGCUUCAAAGUGGUCAAGGAGAUGAAGUACUUGGGAGUAAAGAUUUCCCUUAGUAGGCUCAAUAUGGCUGAUUUUCAAGAACUUAUGAGUAAUGUCAUGGAUAGACUCAACUCUUGGGGUAAGAAAUCUUUGUCAAUGGGAGGUAAGCUCACUCUCAUUGAAAGCUCUUUGUUCACUAUGCCAAAUUUCUCAAUUACUCAUUCUUUGGUUCCCAAAAGAAUAUUGCAUGAGUUGGAAAAAUUAUGUGGAAGUUUCAUUUGGCAUAAGAAUCAUGGGACCAAUGGUAUGCAUUAUAUUGCUUGGGGAGAAAUUUGCAAACCAAGAAGUAUGGGUGGGCUGGGCUUGCAUUCUCCUUUAUUAGGAAUUGGCUCUUUAAGAUCUAAAUUGGCUUGGAACUAUAUUCAGAAGCCGAAUUCAUUGUUCCAUCAAACGAUGAAAGCUAAAUAUGGUGAUGAUGUUAUGAAUGGUGCUCAAAAGAAGGAUACUUCUAGUGCUUGGCAGAUUAUGUUGGAUGGGGGAAAGAAUUUGAAAUUCGCUGUUAGAUGGAAGGUGGGCAAGGGUGACAAGAUCAAUGUCUUGAAUGAUUCUUGGUUUCUUGAUAAAAGCAUCAACUGGUGGCCAACGUAUGUUGAUUAUGAUGUGCUGGAUGGUAUCUAUGUACAACAGCUUUUGUUAAAUAAUGGUGAGUGGAAUCUUACUUUGUUAUAUAGGGCCUUUCAUCCGGAUCUAAUCUUAUUGAUUAGACAAAUUCAUAUUGAGUAUGAGGAGGAGGAUCGAAUGGAGCUGCUGAAAUUAUGUACCUUUGAAGAUGUUGAGUUUUAUCGCUGGGUGCAGAAACUUAAACUUAGUAAGAAGGUUGAGAUCUUCUGGUGGAGGAUUACUGAGAAUGCUUUAUGUGCUAGAGGCUGCCAAGUGGAUGAAACGUAUGAGCAUAUAAUGGUUCAUUGUAAAUAUAUGGUUGAAGUCAUUAUGAAGAUGUGUGAAUGGGGUAUUCUAAUCCCUGUUUUCAAUUCUCUGGACUGCUGUUUACAUGAGCUGAAGAGAUUAUCAAGUUGUAAUUCUGGUAUUGUCAAGGUUUAUUGUACCAUUGUGUAUCUCUCUUGGAAGAAUCAGAAUGAUGUAAAACAUGGUAAGAUUGCCUUGCCUUGUUCUAUGGUUGCUUCUAAUGCAUUAUUCUUAGCCACUUCCAAAUCUAGUCCAAAUAUUACUAACUGGGGUACUAAUAUCCUUAGGGAGUCUCAAAAUACUUGUUCCAAUCUUGCUGGUAUUGGUGAUUUUUUUAGAGACCACAAAGGCCGGCUUAUCAGUGCAUUUGGGAAGAAGAAGGCUCAUUGGGAUAUUGCCUAG